AUGACGCACUUGAAAUUGAAAUGGUUCAGCAUUUUGCUUCGAAGGAGUGUGAACAAGUUGGUUCAUCGCCCCAUGUCCACGUGGCAUCACAAAGCUGAGACCCCCAUUAGCCUGAAACCACCAAAACCCAACCAAACCCUUAAGAACCACCUUGAAUGUAACAGGCACGCCAAGGUGCUUCUACUCUUCAGAUCCUUCUUAAGAAAAAAACCCACUCUCAACCUCAUUGACAGUUUUUCUCUGCUGUAUGCCCUCAAAGCCUGCAACCACAAACACCCCUCCACCCAAGGAAAACAACUUCAUACCCUCAUUAUAAAACUUGGGUACCAGCCCAUAGUUCAACUCCAGACAACCCUUUUGAAAACGUACGCGCAACGCAGCAACCUGCGUGAUGCACACCAAGUGUUCGACGAAAUACCUGCUAAGAAUAUUAUAUGCUGGACAUCCUUGAUUUCUGCCUAUGUAGACAACCACAAGCCUGGGAGAGCUUUGCAACUUUUCAGAGAGAUGCAGAUGAACAAUGUGGAACCUGAUCAGGUCACUGUGACUGUUGCUCUCUCUGCCUGUGCUGAGACCGGGGCACUCAAAAUGGGUGAAUGGAUCCAUGGUUUUGUGCGGCGGAAACAAGUGAUGAACAGAGAUUUGUGUUUGGAUAAUGCUCUUAUAAACAUGUAUGCUAAAUGUGGGGAUGUUGUGAGAGCCAGGAAGGUGUUUGAUGGCAUGAGAAACAAGGAUGUCACAACUUGGACUUCCAUGAUUGUGGGGCAUGCGGUACAUGGGCAAGCACGCGAGGCUCUUCAACUUUUCUUGGAAAUGAGCGCAAGGAGGGACAAGGAUGAUUGUGUCAUGACCCCAAAUGAUGUAACGUUCAUCGGAGUUUUAAUGGCUUGCAGCCAUGCAGGGUUGGUUGAGGAAGGGAAGUUGCAUUUUAGAAGUAUGAGUGAAGUUUAUGGUAUUCAGCCCAGAGAGGCUCACUUUGGCUGCAUGGUGGAUCUCUUAUGCAGAGGAGGGCAUCUGAGAGAUGCCUAUGACUUCAUUAUCGAGAUGCUGGUGCCACCAAAUGCGGUUGUCUGGCGAACCUUGUUGGGGGCUUGCAGUGUUCAUGGUGAAUUAGAACUAGCUGCAGAAGUGAGGCAAAAGCUACUCAAGCUGGACCCUGGCUAUGUGGGUGACAGUGUUGCUAUGUCUAAUAUUUAUGCAAAUAAAGGCAUGUGGAAUAACAAGAUAGUUGUUAGGAAUCAGAUAAAACAUUCAAGGGCUCCUGGCUGUAGCUCAAUUGAAGUGGGAAGUGGGGCUGGUGAAUUUGUUACCUCAGAUGAUGAUCAUCCUUUAAUGACAGAUGUGUGA